CUGUGUUCAGACAUGUGACACGUAUCAACCUGAGGAGUUAGCCUGUUAGCACCAUGUGGCUCCAUGCUAACAGCAAGAAGCUUCUUCAUGUCAAACGGAAAUAAAAUAAACUAAUUAAACUCCAACGGAGGCCCAACAGUAGCCGAACAGAAGCCGAACCUCCCGGCAGCUCUUUCACCUGUCCCAGAACCGCUACGGCUCCCUGUCGGUGAUCCUCAUGGGCCUGGACUCUGCUGGAAAGUCGACUCUGCUUGCCAGACUACUGACCGGACAGGCAAUGGAGACGUCGCCGACCGUCGGCUUCAACGUGGGAACUCUGGACCUGGACAAGAAGACGGCUCUGACGGUGUGGGACGUUGGAGGACAGAAGAGCAUGAGGCCCAACUGGAGGUUCUACCUGGACGACUGUAAGGCCGUGGUGUUCGUGGUGGACAGCAGCGAUCCCUCUCGCAUGGUGGAAGCCCAGAAAGCCCUGAAGAAGGUUCUGAGUGAUGAGAGGUUGCGAGGAGUUCCUCUGAUGGUUCUGGCCAACAAGAAGGAUCUGCCCAACUCCAUGACCAUACGGGAGGUCUCCAAACAGCUGGACCUCCCCACUUACAGCGACAGACUGUGGGAGAUUCAGGCCUGCAGCGCCCUGCAGGGCCUCGGCCUCCAGCAGGCCUUCAUGUCCGUCCACAAGCUGAUCAAGAGGAGCUGACGACACUUAAACGCUGAUCAUCCCAACGCUUUAUUGACUAUUCACAUUCUAUUUAUAAUAAAAAUAAAGAUUUUAGAGUUGAUCCAGA